UGUAUUUUCUAUGGUCCGUUUUUUUACCUUCGCAUGCAUAUUUUCGAUUUUAACUUUAAUUGCGUUAUAUUCUCCAAAAAAUCUACUACAAUAACUUAAUAUUUUCACACUAACAGUCUUUAGUUGUUCAUUUUUACUACUAUGAAAAAGAUGCUAAAUGGAGCAAAAUUCAACAUGCAUUGUAAAAAUACCUUUAACUAAACCUAUUAAACAAUUUUUAGAAACUUUUCAGAGUUUUAACCAACCGAACCGUUUAAUACCUAAGGAGAAUCUUUCAAGUCAUGUGCAAAAAGAUUCAGGUUCUUUAGGUGAGACACUAACAGAUAUGUACGAUUUGGAGGAACAGCUCGAUUAUGAGCCCCCAUCAUUCAAUCAAGAUGAGGAUGCAUUUAGUGAUCAGGAUAUAUUAAGUCCUGAAAGACACAUUACAAUUAAUAAUAAGAGUGACUAUACACCAUCGAUAGCGAGCUUCAGGGACAAUAUGACUUAUUGUAGUUCACACAUUAAUCCCCAUGGUUCCUUUCGAAGUAACUAUGGGCAAUAUGCCCCUAAUACUGGGCGUCGUUAUAUAGAUAGUUCUGAUGAGGAUGACUUUACCGAUUAUGAACUCAAUGAUGAUGACCAAUUAGAUAGUGGAAUAAAACAUUCAGAAGAAUCAUUAUUAAAUGGUGGAUCCGUAGGGGAUUAUGAUAUGGAGUGUAGCGAAUCUCAAGGCGCCUCUUAUUUCGAAGAUAUAGAUGACGUAAACAAUCACAUAGAUGGCGAUAGCGGCUUACCAGAAAUCUCGAAUCAUCAGCAUUCUCCUAAUUAUACCGAAGAGCCUUGUCAACCAGAGCCAAAUGUUGCAUGUACUAAAGUAGAUACAGAAAAAGUUCCUGAGAAGAAGUCCAGCAAGAAUUUCUCUAUAACAUUAGCUGGUAAUAGUAGGUUGCUUUCUAUCAAGAAAAAGCAGUUUAAGAAAUGGACAACUCCAAUCCGAAGCUUUCUUAAAGAUAAUGUGAUAAGAUUAACCUCACGUGAUAGUUGGGUAGAAUAUGUUCCGAGGGUAGACUCGGGAUCCGACAUCAGUAGUACUUCAAGCAGCCAGCCAUCCUCGAAAGUAAAUUCCACGAACUCGAUGUUUAAAUUACCUCUGAAGAGACCUCCAACUAGACAGAAAACAAAUAAAAAUCUAUCAGUUUCAGUCGAUCUUCAACUGAAUAAAACUAAAGUCACCUCGGUAGGGGAUUUGGGCGAAGUACCCCGCCAAAGUCCGCGUGAGGAUGACUUAGAUUCAGUCAUUUCACUACAAGCGAGUACAAUAGGGAUCGAUAAGGAGCAAGAGAGUAUUUUUAAAUGUAAGGAUGAACCCAUUAGUGCGUCAGGUAGCGUUAUGGGAACAGAGAUUGUUAAAAUUAAUAGAUUAAACGAUUGGUUACAGAAAACACAAAGUGGAUCGACUAGCCCGAAAAACAUCAACUACAAUGAUGUUCCUAAUAUAUUCAAACGUCUCUGUUUUAAUUUCUUCUUUACUAAUUCUUGCAACAAGAAUUGGUGUAAGAAUACCCAUUCUUUGAAAUCACCGACUUGCAGACUUAAUAAAAUGGGAGAUUUAUCCAAUGAAGAAUUGAAGAAGGCUUACGGAUUUGCCCAGACUUAUCCUAGUUUUUUUGGAAAAGUUUAUAAGUUUUUUACAGAAGAAUUCGCUAAAAGAGACAUGAAAAACGAACUGGUACAUCUAGUUUCAAUAAUUUUCGAUGAAAUACUUGAAAUUGAUAAGACUGAGGGUGUGAGUACGGUUUUAGAGUGUCUCGAAAAAACCGAUCUGGGUUCAUUUCAGGAAUCGGUGGAUUAUUUACUGUUAGAAAUUGGAAUAAAGCAAUAUCCGUUAUUGGGUUCUACAAUUUUCGAAGUGAUAUGCAACAGAGAUAUGGCUCCGUGUUGGCCGAUUAUAAGGAAGUUAGUUAUAGCUGGCGAAAAAUUAACUGUCAAAUUGGGCAAAAAGUUCCUCGUUCAGUUGAUGAGGAUGCCCGUCGAUUAUGAGCUGUGCAAAAAAGUGAACCAGUUGAUCACGAAGUAUCGCUUCAUAAACAUGGACGAAAUGCCUUCCGAUAUUGUGAAUCCGUUUUUGCAAUUGUUCACCGAAGAUGACCCAAACAAAGAACUUAACGAUAUGAGAAAAAAUAGGGAUACGGCCAUGGAACGAGAAACGCGUUGGGGUCCAGUAGAAGAGGUGUCAUUCCCCGAGAUGACAAGACCCGCGCUCAGCAAUAACUUGGAAACCCCAUUCCAAGAAAAUAUGAACAGAGAAAGAGAAUUUAACGAUAUGAGAAACAAUUGGGAUACGGCCAAGGAACCAGCAACGGGUUGGGGUCCAGUAGAAGAGGUGUUAUUCCCCCAGGUCACAAGGCCCGCGACCAGCAAUCAAUUGCAGACGACCAUUCAAAAAAAUUUGAAUAAAGAAUGGUCAUUAUUUGAGGCGGGAGGUUUCGAAAAUAAUGAACCAGAACAGCCAAUGAUCAUUCCCACUGAUUUUUCUGUUCCACCACCCAAUUUUGGCAAUUUACAAGAAAGAAAUGCCACAGCGAGCACACACACUGAAAAUUCCUCCCGCUCGAACUUUUCCGAAUCGGGAUCCGACUAUUCCUUGGAUUCCCCGUAUCCCCAUCCGCCACAUGGCCCACACUUCCCCACCAAAAGAUCUUAUAAACGGGAAGGGCUACAGUACGACCCUACCAACGACUACGUCAGCGCCCAGAGGAAGCACAAGUUCACCAUUUCCAUCGAUCAGAAUCAGCGCAGGACGGCUCAGGUUCAAGACGCGAAUCAGGUUGUCGCGGCAAACGUCCAAGAAAAUGGUCCAACGGAAAACAGAGGAAACGAAGGAAGGGGAAAUAACUUGGCCAACGGUCGCGGUGUACAAACGUUCGACCAGUUAAGAGUGCAAAAGAGAAAUGCUGUGGAAAUAGAGCCAGUAAAUGGUCCGGGAACUAGUAAUGCGUCGGGGUCCAGCAGAAGAGAUGUCAUUCGACAAGAUAGUAAGCUACCCGAACAUCCAGUUUUUGGUAAAAUACCUUUAAAUAAAAGGUACCAAUUCAACGUGAGUCUACACAAUCUCUACCUCGAGCAAAUCAGUCAAGUAGACAUCAAUGAAGAGGAUGUCUAUAUAUUGAAAAAUUCGAUCAGGAACGCAGACGGCAGGACGUUUUUGGAUUUGGUCUACAGGUACAAGAGCCCGUCGACCGUCCAAAACUUCAUUUCUAUGACGUUGGCUCACCUGAGAGCAAUGCGACAGACGAUGGCUAGGGUUUUUUUCGCCCUUCUUCGAGAUAUAGAAACGAGAGUUCACGAUAUUUUCGCUGACAUCAAUCUCAGGGUAAUUUUGGAGGUGAUUGCCAUGAACUUUCUCUUUGAAUUAGACGCACAUAGUUUGGUCCAGGCUUAUACAGACUUGUUGUUAAAAUUUCGAAAUUGGGACAGUCUGGUUACGUCGAGGCUGUUUAUCAAUAAAAACGUGUCCUUGAUGGGACGAUACCUGUUUAUAGCCAAACUACUUCAAUAUACCAAACCCGAGCUAACCUAUGAAAUUUUAGUGUGCCCCACAUUUCAUUUGUUAGAACACUGUGAUAAGUGGCCACGUGCCCCCGUCGGGCCCGUUCCGGGGUUGCCGGAUAGCGAUCUACAGGCCAGGAACAAUAUUCUGACCGAGUUUUUUAAGAAGUCGUAUUUGCUCAACUCCCUGGUUGUUAUACAACUGUACAAGAGGGCGUUAACGAAGGGCAUUUGGGAAUUCGAUGUGCAGCGCUUCGUCAAUGACAUGGUGUUAGAUCUAAUCAACAGGAAACGAGUCUCUGGCUUGAAGCAAGUCCUGAACGAAAUAGAUCUGUUUUUCAACUAUCUGGCAAAAAAUACUUUAAGAGGGUUCCUAGUCAGUAUUGCUAAUGCAACGAGCAUAACGAAUAUUUUCAUGUUCUUUGAGAAAUGCGUGGACAAGGGCAUUUACCCAAAAAUGUUCCACGAAGAGAGUAUGCAGCAUAAAAUUGAUAUUAAAACCAAUAUGUUAGACUACGAAAUAGAAAUAAUAAUUAGAUAUUAUUUUGGCAAGUUGUGUGAACUGAGAAACUUACCCCCGGGGUCGGAAACAAUUAAAUUUUGUAUUGGUCUGCCAGGCAACGUAGAGAACAACAACCUACAAAUGUUAGAGUCUUGUAGAAGCCUACAGUGUAUUAACGGGGUAGUGAGAACAUUUUUAAGACACUUUUUUUCUUUAAAAGCAAUAAGUACUAUUCCGACUAUGGUCGAGAUAGAAAAGGAAGAACUCAUUCGUUAUUUAGAUAGAGCGAGGAAGUGACAUUACUAGCUAUACCUUCGUUCAUUUAAGGCUGUUUCAAACACAGUUACAAACUAAACUAAGAAUAACAUGAAAUAAGUGAGUUCGAUUGUAGGGGAUACCUGUCCUUCUACCUGUGGUGCAUCGUCGUUGGAAACAAAUCCCAUGCAAAUUUUGAACCGUCUAAAUAUUUGGUCCUCUAUUAAUGUUACAGCUAACUCGUAUAGAGGUUUUUUAAAGGUAUUACCUCCGAAUUCCUGACACCCGCACCGAUUGAGGUGAAAUUUUAACAGUGAAUAGAUAUACAGGGGUGUUCACCACAUACGACACGGAGUAUUGUAGCUAAACGAUU